GUGGCAAUGGACUCCAUGCAAAGCUGGCGACAACCAUGUGGAAAUGCUUGGAGACGAAAGUCUCGAGUGGCACACCGUUGGGCCUGUGAGCAGUGGCAGAAUGCAAUCCUGCUUCGAGAAACAGGAUGUUGGCUCCAUCUUCUUCGUCACCGUGCGGCCCUUGGUCAGCUACAAGUGGGAGUGCUGCGAGUGGUUCAAAGAGGGUGGCUUAUUGUUUGAGAAAGGCACGGUGGAGCCAAGGACUGACAACAGGUUUUUGGCUCGCCCACGGCCUCAGCAUUUGUCGACCAAUGGUGGAGUGGCCAAGAAGAAACCUCGCAGGACCACGCCUGUACUUGAGAAUGACAAGGGCAAGGAGAAGACUACGAAGGAUGGCCACAAGCUCGGCAUUGGCAAACAGCAUGUCUUGAAGAAGCCAGCUGCGGGAAAGCCAAUCACCCCCAACAAGAAGUGA